GAGGCAGAUAAAGCGCAGGGGAGGGCUACUACUCUCUCCCGGGGCGGGAAGCAGCUCCAAGGUCGGGGCUUGAGGCCUAUUCACCAAAGGAGCAUGUAAAUUCAAGGUGCUUCCUUAAUCCCCAACUGAACAAGCAGGAUGCCAGAACAAAGUAAUGAUUACCGAGUGGUUGUGUUCGGAGCUGCUGGUGUUGGUAAGAGUUCUUUAGUACUCCGUUUCAUACAGGGGACCUUCCGGGAGACAUACAUCCCCACUGUUGAAGAUACGUAUCGCCAGGUGAUCAGCUGUGACAAAAACAUCUGCACCCUUCAGAUCACCGACACCACCGGAAGCCACCAGUUCCCUGCCAUGCAGAGGCUCUCCAUCUCAAAAGGCCAUGCAUUCAUGUUAGUAUACUCUGUGACCAGCAGGCAAUCCAUAGAAGAGCUCCAACCAAUCUAUGAGGAGAUCUGUCAGAUUAAAGGAGAGGUUCAGAAAGUCCCAAUUAUACUGGUAGGAAACAAGAGCGAUGGCCCUCAAAGAGAAGUGGGCACCAGUGAAGGGGAAGUCCUCGCCACAAAAUGGAAGUGCUCCUUCAUGGAGACCUCGGCCAAAAUGAACUACAACGUGCAGGAGCUUUUUGAAGAGCUCCUUAAUUUGGAAAAGAGAAGAAAUGUAAGCCUGCAGGUGGGUGGCAAGAAAUCAAAGCAGCAGCGAAAGAAGGAUAAGCUAAGAAGCAAAUGUUCUGUGAUGUGACACCUACUGCGUGGCUAAAAUAAGAGCAUAGUCUUGAUCUUGCAGGACAUCUAUUCAGAGAAAAUUCUGAUGAUUGAGAUUUUCAGAGGUGAAAUAAGAUGUUAGUGUUAAAUGUGGAUUGGAUUGUUUGAAUAUUUACUUAAGGGCAGUUGGAUUUUGCAUGUUCCAUUUUGCACAAGCAUCAACUAUGCUCACCUCAACCAGUUGAUACUGUUCUGUGGUCAAGUGCAUGAUAAAAAUGGAAUAAAUAAUUUUAAGCCUGCAAUGUGCUAAUGCAUUUUUAUAUUUUCUUCAAUGUGCAACAUAUUUUCUCUUUUACAAAUACUAAGGUGAAUUAGCAAAUCACAACAGGAUUCUACUGAGUAAACCAGUACAAUUAGACAGUACUGCAGCCAAUGCUUGCAUAUACUUGGAGCAAAAAUAAAUGCUUACAGAUAGAACUUAACUAGUUCUCUGACUGCUGUAGA